CAGCUGCCAUUAGCAGUAGCUGGACACUUCCCUUAUAGACUUUCAGACGAGGUCGUCAAGAAGCUGAACACGAUUAACCCGAUUAUCUCCUCUAUUCUCGAUUUUACAGGAGAGUCUGUGGUUGUGAAUUGUGUAAGUUUUGCCGUUAGUUAGAUAGCUAUAUUGUGGCGUUAUUUGUAAAGAAUAUGUCCUCAUCAAGCGCGAGGCCUAGCUGGCUACAUAGCCAACGUUGGCUAAACUUGACAUUUUGUGAGAUUUGUUUGCCACCGACUUAACAAAUGCAUCAAAAAAGUUGCGCAGGCGGUAACCGUAGUGUAAGAUUCUUUGUUUUAUCAUUGUAAUGCCAAUUAGCGUUGCGGUUGGUUGAUGAAAUACUGUUUAUUAAUGGCGACAAGGUAGUUAGCAUGUACAUGUGGUGUACGUGUUUCUGGUUAGCUAAGCUGGAGUGACGCUGUUCCUCAGUCAAUUUGUCAUGCCCGACGGAUUUAACUACGUGGAUCGAUAACCUGGAAGCCGUAGUAAGGUGUCACGCAAUUGAUUUGCUAAUCGGCAAUGGCUGGUUUUCCCCUGUGACUGGUAUUUAAGUUAUAUCGGCAGCUAUCGGUUGGCUAACUUUAGCUGCUCUGAGGUUUCGAUGCCUGAAUAAUUGAUACAAACCUUUGCCAAUUAUUUGGUGUAGUAUGGCAUGGUAUCUGGUAGCCAUACUUAGCCAUAAUGAAGCAUAAUGAGUCUUAAAUUGUUGUUUGGUUUCACUUUAUAUAUUUUGGGCUUUGGUUCAAAUGUCUAGAACUAAGCAGCUGGUCAUAUUAUAAUGGAUGUAGUGUAAAAGUAUUACAAUCACGGAGCCAUUUGUGAAUUUCUUUCAUUGCGGUGCAUUAAAUGCUGAAGUGAAAGUCUGACUACAGAAAUUUACCAUUCAGCUGUCACAUAGCAUUGCAUUCAUAAGCCAUAUUUGGGAACUGAACGGGGAACACAAAUAAUGAUCAAGAAUGACUGUUGUCAAACAUGUCAUAUAUUUAAUAAUUAUUAUUAAUGGAAGAAGUUUUAGUUACAUGACAGCCCAUACACGCACCAUUUCUAUGUGUUUAAUUCUAGUGUGUUCUACAAUUGAAUGGUCAAGGCCGGAUGACCUGCAUAGUAGUCAGUAAACAAAAAGUUAGCAAAGAAGUAUCUUCAAAGUUGUGAUGCUUUCACAAUAAAUUGUUUCGAAGAUAUAAUGUUGAGGAAUGUCAAUGAGAAGACAAUCACACUUGCUACGGAACAAGUGUAAUACUGUAUCAGUUUGCAUUGGUGUAUCAAGGACUAAGUGGUGCUAAGGCGAGUGGACAGACGAAGAAAACACAAGAAAAGGGGACACUGCUGUUUUCGGAUAAACCGGGAUGCUAGUCUCUGGAGCAGACAACAGAUUGCAGAAGUGGUGUAGAUUGCCAAACUGUGAUCCACAACAGAAUGUUUUUACUAUCGUGACAGAUGUGGUGCUGCUUUGGUUGGAUCAAAGCUGAUGCUGAUGUCGCUAAUGCAAAUGGCUUGUAGUUAGCAUGCCAUGACAACAGUGACAUUAGAUAAUGGUGUUAUUGUCCUUGAUUAGUAGCAGCUGUGUAUCAGUUGAAGAACUGCCUCCUUCGAAGUCUGCAUUUCAAGACUGAAUUUAUCAUGGAUCAACAAGGCUGUCCUAUUAUGAAGGCCCCACCAUAUGCAACGAAGAAAUACUUGUUCAAUCGUGGUGUUAUUGACCACCUCGUUUGCUGAAUUAAUGGACCAAGUAAAUUUUUUAACUACCAUUGUGAUGUGCAACACCUGUGUGCAGGAUUAAUGCUGGUCUUUGAGGGAAAAUAAUGGCUGUGUUGAGUGCUCUGUGAAUUGGUGCUUUCUAGGAGGUGCUGUCAUUUGUGCUUCAGCAUGGCAGUCGUCAUCCGUUUACAGGGACUGAGAGUCACAGCAGGUUCUGAGGAUAUUCGCAAGUUCUUCACCGGCCUCAAAAUUCCAGAUGGAGGGGUUCAUAUAAUUGGUGGGGAGCGAGAUGAAGCUUUCAUUAUCUUUGCUUCGGAUGAAGAUGCAAGGAGAGCCAUGACACGGUCAGGGGGUUGCAUUAAGGAUUCACCUGUUACACUGCUACUCAGUAGUAAAGCAGAGAUGCAGAACAUGCUUGAAAGAAGUACAAAAGAUGUGGAGCUGGAUCAAAGGAGGCGAUUUGAGGAGAAUGCAAGACGUGCUAGAAAAUCGUUGGGCCCUGAGGCGGGCAGGAGAUCAGGUAGCAGAUCGGGUCAUACCCCUCCCCCUCAGCACCAGAGGGCUUCAAACAAUAGUGAUGACUUUUUGUGUGUGUUUCUAAAAGGAAUGCCUUUCUCUGUGACUGAAAGGGAAGUACGUGAUUUUUUCAGUGGUUUACUUAUUGAUGAAAUAAUCUUAUUGAAAAAUGAAUAUGGUGCAAACAAUGGGAGAGGUCUUGUCAAAUUUGGAACAAGACAGGAUGCAAACGAAGGCCUGAAGAGGGAUAGGAAAUACAUCGGGUCAAGGUAUGUGGAGGUUUCCAUGACAACAGUACAUGAUUGGCAUCGAGCUACUGGUAGAGUACCAAUGGUUGUCAACAGGGAUGACAACUUUGAAAGGGAGAGAUCACCCAUUCGCAAUCAGAGGAAUCUUCAACAUCGUGCAAGGUCACAAUCACCUUUGGCCCAGAGGCCUAUGGCUCCUUCUGAUGAUGAGUACUGUGUUUUAAUGGACAAUUUAUCCUAUACUGUUGAAAAAGAAGACAUAAAAAAGCUUUUUCAUCAUACAAAGCUUGAGGAUGACCAGAUCCUGCACUUGAUUGACAGUGAUGGAAGAAGAACUAGAUCUUCAUUUGUGCUGUUCAAGAAUCAGCGUGACUACUGUGAAGCCUUAACUCAUGAAAAAAGACUAUUUUUUAAUCGGUGGGUUUAUACCCGUCCAAUCUCAAGAGAGAGCAUGAUCACCCUUCUUGAAUCUCAGAGUAUGGAUGUGCGAGCGUCUGGAGACUCUGAACGGAUUCAGGAGAGGCCUCCAUCUUACCCCAGUGAACGGUUUCAGGAGAGGCCUCCAUCUUACCCCAGUGAUCCUUAUGACUCUGAGAAAGUGUGUGUGUUUGUGCGGAACCUGCCAUUUGAUGUAAGAAAAGUUGAGAUCAUGGACUUCUUCCACGGGUUUAAUAUCAAUGAGGACAAGGUGUUCUUGUUGCUUGACCAUAAAGGUGCUGGGGUGGGGAAGGCUUUAAUUCUCUUCCAGUCUGAGGCAGAGGCUAUGAGGGCACUCUCUCUCAAUGGACGACGGUUUCUUGGGUCAGAAGUCAUGCUGAACUGCAUUUCACGUUCUCAGAUGCAGCAGUUGGGUGUUGAGCCCCCAAUGGGACAAGAGCCAGCUGAGCAAGAGCCACUCCCACGAGAGGAGUGGUACUCGGGCAGGAGCAGCGAGGCAUCCUAUCGCCCUGGUGACACUGAGUACACUGACUUAAGGAUGCCUCAUGAUGGUAAUAUGCCAAUGACUAAUGUCCAGUCUCAAGUCCAUGGAGGCUGUGAUUAUGAACCUUAUGCAGCGGGCCCCUGUGCUCCACGCGACAGGGGUAAUGGUGUUCGUGACGACUCUGGCCCCUCAUUGCAGCAUUUUGAUGGUCCCACUUGUGUAAAGUUAAUCAACUUACCAUUCCAAAUCAGAAGCGAGGAAAUCUAUGACUUUUGCUAUGGAUAUCGCAUUAUCCCUGGGUCUGUCUCACUGCUGUAUGACCAGAGUGGAAAACCUAAAGGCUCUGCGACUGUGGUAUUUGAGUCUCGUCGGGAGGCCUUAACAGCAGUAGAGGAACUGAGUGGAAGACCAAUAGGUCCAAGAAAAAUAAAGCUACUAUUUGUUUGAGAGUGACAUUGUGUGUCAUGCCACUAACAUGCCCUAGCAGUGUGGUUUGGACAUGUACACAAUGUUUAUUUAAGGGAAACAAUUGCCUUCUGUUUCUCAUUUUGAUUAAUGUGGCAUGGGUUCAUUGAACAGCGAAUUAAGUUAUGUUUAUUUUCCCAACUGCAUUUAGUUUUAGUGAUUAGGCAUUAUAGUCUGUUGAUUUAUUAUUGGUUUUGUAUGCAGUUAUCAUCUUAAAGUGAAAUACUGGAGGUUUGGUUUUCUCACUGAAAUAUUUUUGUUUAAUUCAACUUGCAACACCAUGUUGAAAAUUUUCAUUCUACUAUUUUUGUUUAUUGAAUUAUUGUAGGUUUUUCAUCACAGUUCUGUUGAUGAUGCAAACAAAUUUUGCUUUCUGACAUAAACCUGUAAAUAAAGUGUUUUCUGUGUUUGUCAUUGA